AUGCAAGCCGGUCCUUCCAUGCCCACGCGGUCCAUCUUGCAGACGUUUGUGUCGUCCAACAAGUCAGACGUGUUCAAGUGUCAUUCGAUCCACGAAAACCUGUCGGUCAAUAUCCCAUACGCGUGCUCCUACUCAAAUGCGGCGAAGCACGGCGGAGUCCCUCACCUAGCGAUUGCGACUGAGCAAGGGACCGUGGACAUUUUGAACACGUCCAAACGCGACGAUUGGGAUGUCGAGCCACAGCGUGUUACUGUGCAACCCCAUGAGAACGGCAUCUUCGACGUGAAGUGGUCUCCUUCCGACACACUCAUCGCCACGGCGUCGGGGGAUCAUAGCAUCCGUAUCUCGACCCUUGUGGAUGGCCGCCUCCUGCAUGUCCUCCGCGGGCACGAAGGCACUGUCAAGUCCGUCGCAUGGGACCCGACCCAUGACGGCGACGUGCUAUGUUCUGGGAGCCGCGACGGUGGAAUCUGUCUCUGGGAUCUGAGGGUAGGCGAGCGCGGAGACUCUGGGGAGGUCAUGCCUGUGCUCUCUAUUGCGAAGGCGCACAAUCUGCAAGGGAAGAUGGCCAAGCCGAAGGCCCCUAGAGGCAAGCUCGUCCCGGGUGUGCCUCUGCAAAGCAUCACUCAUCUGCUGUAUACGGACACGCACCCAUACGGUGUCAUCAGCAGUUGUGCGUCGGAAGGAAUUCUACACCUAUGGGACGUCCGUCUACCAUCGAGCAACGCCCGUCCAAAGGCCAAGAAGACGGCCAAGCAACUCCCCAAGCCACUCUUCUCAUCGACAGACCCCACAACGUACGCAGGCGCACGCCGCGGCCGCGGUAUCACCACGCUCGCACUCGGAACUGGCCCCACCACCGCGCUUGUCUUUGCACUUGGCAUCGACUCGCGCGUACACACCUACACGCUCCCCUCGCUCGCGCCGCUCUCCGGGCACAUGGACAGCACAUCUGCACUCGGGAUCCUGGACGACCCGCACGCGUAUUCGGACGAGCGGAUGAAGACGAACUCGUUCUACGUCCGAAUGGCCACCUCGCCUUGUGGGCGCUGGCUCGCCACAGGCGGCGCCGCAGAGGGCCGGGCGUACCUGUACGACAUCUCCGCGGCCGGGCGUGCAGGCGGGCACGGGCAUUCGGGAUAUGGGUCAGGGGUUGAGUUGCGCGGACAGACGGGCGAGGUGGGUGCGGUCGACUGGGCGGACGGGAUGCUCGCCACUUGUGCGGACGACGGGACGGUGCGAACAUGGAGGCCGGACAUCGACGUGUCGCGGCGGUGUAGGGAUGACCCGCGCGAAAUGGCAUGGGAGUGGGCGUGGUCCACGAACGCCUAGAUGUCUUGGAAGCUUUCGAGUGUAUAUAUAGUCACCAUCUGUAGCAUAGUCUGUCUGGAUUGGAAGCCUUUGCUGGCACUUAUAACCCC